AUGCAGUGGUGGGAGCGGGGCCCGGCGGCACGGCGGCGCUGGGUGAUGCUGCUGCUCGGGCCGCUGGCGCUGCUCGCCGCCGCCCUGGCUCUGCGCGGCACCGCCCGCCCCGACCCCGCCGACCGCUCCCGCCUCUACCGGGCGCUGGAGCUCUCCCCCAGCCGCAGCAUCAACUGCUCGGGGGUCGUCCGCGGGGACGAGACAGCCAUCCGGGAGGCGCAGCUCAACAACCUGGAAGUAGCGAACAGAAAGGCUUCACCGACGCCCGGCGACUACCUGAACAUUACGAGGGACUGCAGAGCCUUCAAAGAGACCCGGCGCUACAUCGAGUUCCCGCUCAGCCAGGAGGAGGAGGAGUUCCCCAUCGCCUACUCCAUGGUCAUCCACCACAAAAUCGACAUGUUUGAGCGGCUCCUGCGGUCCGUCUACGCCCCCCAGAAUGUCUACUGUGUCCACGUGGACAGCAAAUCCCCGGCCGCCUUCCAGAAGGCCGUGCGGGCCAUUGCUGCCUGCUUCCCCAACGUCUUCGUGGCCAGCCGCCUGGAAAGCGUGGUCUAUGCCGCCUGGUCCCGGCUGCAGGCCGACCUCAACUGCAUGCAAGACCUGCUGCAGAGCCCGGUGCCAUGGCGCUACCUCAUCAACACCUGCGGCACCGACUUCCCCAUCAAGACCAACGCCGAGAUAGUCCGGACGCUGCAGCUGCUGCAGGGCCACAACAACGUGGAGUCGGAGAGGCCCUCAGCCGCCAAGCAGCAGCGUUGGCAGUACCACCACGAGGUGGGGGAGAGCAUCUCUCGCACUGCCCAGAAGAAACUGCCGCCACCCCACGGCUACCCCAUGUUCACGGGCAGCGCGUACCACGCCCUCACACGGGACUUCGUGCAGUAUAUCUUCAAGAACCCCACGGCACGAAAGUUCCUCGAGUGGUCCAAGGACAGCUACAGCCCUGAUGAGCACGUCUGGGCCACUCUGAACCGCAUGCCGGGCGUGCCGGGGAGCACGCCCCCGAACGACAAGUUCCAGCUCUCGGACAUGAACGCCGUUCCCCGUCUGGUCAAGUGGGAGUACAUGGAGGGGGACAUCAGCAAGGGCGCUCCCUACCCGCCCUGCACCGGCCGCCACCAGCGCGCCAUCUGCAUCUAUGGGGUGGGCGACGUGCCCUGGAUGCUGCAGCAGCACCAUCUCUUGGCCAACAAGUUCGACCCCGAGAUGGACGAUGCGGCCAUCCAGUGUCUCGAGGAGUACCUGCGCCACAAGGCCCUGUACGGCCGGGGGCUCUGAGGGACAGCCGCGGGGGCUCUGAGGGGGAGCCGCGGAGACUCUGGCCAGCACCGGCUGCCUGGCGUG